AUGACGGACACCCAGACACCUCCCAAGCCUGAAGGCCUACCGGAGGGUAUCAAGUAUGAAGCGCCCAAACCUCCGCCGAAGCAGAAUCCUGUCUUUCGAAUGAUGGGGAUGCCCAACUUUCGGAUGAGACUGCCUUCGCGGAACUGGAUGAUAUUUCUCACCAUUGUCGGCUCCUGGACCGCAGCUGUCGUCUACGAUAAGCGGGAGAAGAAGAAGGCUCAAAAGAAGUGGUGCGACCUGGUCGCACAUGUCGCCCAACAGCCUCUGCCUGUUAAUCAGAUGCCACGCAAGUUGACCGUCUUCAUUUCCGCACCUCCAGGCGAUGGCAUCAGACCGUCCCGGCAAUACUUCAAAGACUACGUAAAGCCGGUGUUGGUGGCUGCCGCGAUGGAUUACGACGUGAUCGAAGGCCGAAAAGAAGGAGACGUGCGAUACGGCACAGCAGAGCAGAUCCGAAGACUGCGGCGGAAACGCGGCGAGAAAGGUGCCGAUGCGUUGGAGCCAGAGAUGGACGCUGAAGCUGCGAUCGAUAUGGUGCGGGAGAAAAUGCAAAUCCUGCCCGAGUCUGGUGUCCGCGGAGACCUUGUCCUGGGCAGACACACAUGGAAGGAGUACAUUAGAGGGCUGCAUGAAGGCUGGCUCGGGCCUAUCACCGAACCUCCCCCUCCGCCCUCAGAAGUCGAUGCCUCACCCAUACAUCCGCCCACCAAAGCUCGAACAGACGAUCCCGCCUCAACAACCGAGAACUCCGACGUGGCAAACCCCGAAUCAGAAAAGACACCAGAAGAAGAGAAGAAAGCGGAGGAGAAGAAGAAACCAUACCCUCCGCCAUCAUACCUCCCCAUUGAUAAAUACUCCUCCGCCACCCCGUCUGCAAAUACACCCAGUAUCUUCGAACCCUCCCAACCCAUCCAUCAACAACACCUCCUCGGCUUCCUCAAGACUCCGCAAAGAAUCUACAACUUUCUCACCCGUCGACAUCUCGCCGACCGGAUUGGACGGGAAACCGCAGCCAUCGUCCUGGCCGCCGGCCGGCCGUACGAACAAGGCUCUUCUUUCUCCUCCUUCUCAGAUACUCCAUCCGACAUCGACCCCGUAGCCACGAGAGCUCCCGAAUCAGAUGCUUCGCCGACAUCGUCCUCCCCACUCAGCCAGAGCCAGGUCUUCUGGGAACAACAGUCCCUGCUCAUCGAUGAAGAGUCGAGAUGGCACAAAUCCGUCCGUAAGCCGCGGAAAGAAGACGACACGUCGGAACCCAUCUGGACAGCCGACAUCGUCAUCGACGAGAGGAUAGGUUCCCGCAUGAGAAAGUUCGACCUGCAACCCGAAGAAGAAGCCCGAGCAAACAGGCUUGCCAGCGGAGUUGAGAAGCCGAAUGUGCCCGACCCAGUGGAUUUGAGGAAGGAGAAAGUCUUAAUCGGGAAUUUGGACGACGACUAG